AUGGAGACUUUGCCGAGGAGCAAAGAUGGGGUGCCGUCCUUUGAUGGGACGGUGGAGCAGCUGCCUCUGUUCAAAGAAGAAGCACUAGCCUACUUGUUCACGUUGGAACACCACAAACGGUAUCUGGCUGGGCCUAGGCUAGCUCAGGGCUUGACAGGGGUGGCUAGAACAGUGAUCAGAAAGAAGUUGGCCAAGGACCCUCAAUGGUUAGCUCAUCCGCGGGGGACUUUCGACCUGAUAGACCAUCUAGAGCGAUCAUUGGGGCAGCCAACACUGAUCCUGGCAGCGCAGAACAUCCAGAAAUUAUUUUACCAGUUGAGGCGGAAGAAGAAUGAAACCAUGACCCAAUGGGUCAAUCGACACAGUGAAGCCCUUUGGGAGGCAUCAAGAUCUCUACAACGAGUGCAAGGUGAGCAUGGCGGCAGUGUGAACACUGCCCUGGGGGGUUCAAGACACUCGAGUGGAGCUCCUAGUGAUGUGAGUUGGGGUGCCACUGGACGAGAUCGGAGGAGCUCGGAUGUCACAGCAUCGACACACCGUGCCGCUGGACCUAUGGGACCCUUCGAUGAGAAUGGUAGGAUGAUGGAUGAUGAUGGUGAGGAUGAACAUCCCCACCGUGGCGCUGAUGGUUGGUUGCAAAAUGGCUGGAAUUGGUGGGGCUCAGACUGGUCUGAAUGGCAAGCUGGCUCAUGGAAGAGUGAUGAGUAUGCACCACCGACUUCAUGGCAGGCGGAGGAGGAGGACCUGGAAGACGGCCUGACGGCCGAUGGUGAAAUGCCGGACCCUUCGACAGAACCGGAGGCCUAUGCGGCAUUCGUUGCAGACCAGGAGGUGAUCGAAGACGCCCUUGAGGUGAUCAAAGAGAAGAAGCGCACCUUGAAGGAGGCUCGCUGGCGGCAACAGCAAGUUCGCAGCGGGCGGAAAUUCUACCCGUCGACCACGGGCAAGGGCUACUCCAAGGGUCAAGGCAAGAGAGAUGAUACUCCUCAGAAGUGUCUUCGUUGUGGAGGCCCUCACCAAACGUCAAACUGUCCAAUGCCCCGUCGGCAGCAGGCAAAUGUGACGGAAGAGGCUGAAGUCGCCUUCAGUGUGGCACCUGUACAGGAAUCCUUGUCGUGUGAGCAGGCCAACGUCAGUUCCGAGGUGAGCGAGAACAUCCGUGUGUGUUUGAGCCGGAAGAUGUUUUAUCCCGACAGCAGCAGUGUGAACUCUCAACGUGCAGACCGUGUGAUUCUCCGGAACUUGUGUGUGAUCAUGCUGACCGAGUGCAAGGCCGAUCUCAUCAACAAGCUUCAGGAAUACGGCGAGUCAGUUUCCUCGAGCAUGACAGUGCUCCAGCUGAAAGCUCGCCUGGCAGAACUGAAGGAGUCCGACAAGGAGUCCGACCGCCAGGUCCUGAAGAGCAAGAUCCAGGCCCUGAACAAGGCUGCAAAGAAGAAGGAGAAAAUGACUAUGGAGACACCACUGGUCAACUUUGGCAAACAUGCCGAAUGUCAGUACAAGGACAUCCUGCAGACACAUCGCUCCUACGGCAACUGGGUGAUCGACACAGCAGCAGAGAAUCCGGGCAGUCAUUGGCGACUUUGUCGCCUGGCAGAAUGGCUCAAGGAGAACUGGGACAGGCCUUUGACUCAAGGCUACCAGCCGCCAGCUCGCGAGCGAGACAGCGACCACACGGACAGCUCAUUUGUCAAGGUGAAUCAGUCCGAUUCAGACCAAGAUGUGGAUCGCCUGAAGGCAGAACUGGAGCAGCUGAAGUCAGAGAAUGCCAUGCUCUCCAAGCAGAUGGAGAGGAGCAAGUCCCGCAAGGAGAUGUGA